UGGGUGUAUGAAGCCACAAGUGUAUCCAUUGUCCUAGUCAAUGAUUUAGACAACGGACUGGAGCAUGCAUCAUUAGCGGGAUGGUCGGCCACCGAGGCUACAAUGUCGUCCCUGACGACUUCCACUGAGGGAGAAAACUCCACUCCCAGGUUUGUUGUUGGUGCCAGGGACGAUGAGACGGACUUCCUCGGAUCAAACAUGAAGACAGAUGAAAUCGAUUUCUUUGAAGAUGAUGAGGAGGAGGAAUCGCCACCUGAACGGCAGAUUGUGGUUGGAAUAUGUGCCAUGACCAAAAAGUCCAAGUCAAAGCCCAUGACGCAGAUUCUGGAGCGUCUGUGCAAGUUUGAGUAUAUCACAGUGGUGAUUAUGGGGGAAGAUGUUAUUCUGAAUGAACCAGUAGAGAACUGGCCCUCUUGUGACUGCCUUAUCUCCUUCCACUCCAAAGGAUUCCCACUGGAUAAAGCAGUUGCUUAUGCCAAGCUGUGCAGGCCGUUUUUGAUUAAUGACCUUGAUAUGCAGUAUUACAUCCAGGACAGACGGGAAGUAUAUCGAAUUCUUCAAGAAGAAGGAAUAGACUUGCCCCGCUAUGCUGUGCUCAAUCGAGACCCUGAUAGACCAGAAGAAUGCAACUUAGUGGAAGGAGAGGACCACGUGGAGGUAAACGGAGCUGUUUUCCCAAAGCCAUUUGUAGAGAAGCCAGUCAGUGCUGAAGACCAUAACGUGUAUAUUUACUAUCCAACCUCAGCAGGUGGAGGCAGCCAGCGGCUCUUUCGGAAGAUUGGCAGCCGGAGUAGUGUGUACUCCCCAGAAAGCAGUGUAAGGAAGACAGGCUCAUACAUUUAUGAAGAAUUCAUGCCUACAGAUGGCACUGAUGUAAAGGUGUACACUGUUGGGCCAGACUAUGCCCAUGCGGAGGCUCGCAAAUCCCCUGCUUUAGAUGGGAAGGUUGAACGGGACAGUGAAGGGAAAGAAAUCCGUUAUCCAGUCAUGCUGACUGCCAUGGAGAAGCUAGUUGCCAGGAAAGUCUGCGUAGCCUUUAAGCAAACUGUAUGUGGGUUUGACCUGCUGCGAGCAAAUGGCCACUCGUUCGUUUGUGAUGUGAAUGGCUUCAGUUUUGUGAAGAACUCUAUGAAGUACUAUGAUGACUGUGCCAAAAUCCUUGGAAACAUAAUCAUGCGUGAAUUGGCUCCCCAGUUUCAUAUUCCCUGGUCCAUACCAACGGAGGCAGAAGAUAUUCCAAUUGUUCCCACAACUUCCGGCACCAUGAUGGAGCUUCGUUGUGUUAUUGCAGUCAUCCGGCAUGGGGAUCGAACUCCAAAGCAGAAGAUGAAGAUGGAAGUUAAACAUCCCCGGUUCUUUGAAUUAUUUGAGAAAUAUGAUGGCUACAAGACAGGGAAGUUGAAGCUGAAGAAACCAGAGCAGCUACAGGAAGUGCUGGACAUUGCACGGCAGCUUGUGGUGGAACUGGGAACACAGAAUGACUGUGAGAUUGAGGAGAGGAAAUCCAAACUGGAACAGCUGAAGAGCGUCUUGGAGAUGUAUGGACAUUUUUCUGGCAUUAACCGUAAGGUGCAGUUGACCUAUCUUCCUCAUGGACAUCCAAAAGCUGCAAGUGAAGAUGAAGAAACUCGCAGAGAGUCUUCCCCAUCUCUUCUCCUGGUGCUAAAGUGGGGUGGAGAAUUGACACCAGCAGGAAGGGUCCAAGCAGAAGAACUGGGGCGAGCCUUUCGUUGUAUGUAUCCUGGUGGCCAAGGUGAUUAUGCUGGUUUUCCUGGAUGUGGCCUGCUUAGACUGCACAGCACCUACCGUCAUGAUCUCAAGAUCUAUGCUUCUGAUGAGGGACGAGUUCAGAUGACAGCAGCAGCUUUUGCAAAGGGUCUCCUGGCCCUGGAAGGAGAGCUGACCCCCAUUCUGGUGCAAAUGGUGAAAAGUGCCAAUAUGAAUGGUCUUCUGGACAGUGACAGUGAUUCCCUUAGCAGCUGUCAACACAGAGUGAAGGCACGGCUGCAUGAAAUCAUGCAGAAGAAUGCUCAGUUCUGUGAAGAGGAUUAUGAAAAGCUAGCACCUACUGGCAGUGCUUCUCUGCUCAACUCCAUGACAUUUAUCCAGAACCCAGUAGAGGUCUGUAACCAGGUGUUCACCCUGAUCGAGAAUCUCACCUCCCAGAUUCAAAAACGUCUGGAAGACCCUAAAUCUGCAGACCUGCAGCUGUACCACAGUGAGACUUUAGAACUGAUGCUGCAGCGCUGGAGUAAGCUGGAGAGAGAUUUCCGCAUGAAGAAUGGGCGUUAUGACAUCAGCAAGAUCCCUGAUAUCUAUGACUGCAUCAAGUAUGAUGUACAGCACAACUGUUCCCUGAAACUGGAAGGCACAGCAGAGCUCUUCAAACUCUCCAAAGCCCUGGCAGAUGUGAUCAUACCCCAGGAGUAUGGGAUUAAUAAGGAGGAGAAACUGGAAAUUGCUAUUGGCUUUUGUCUUCCUCUCAUUAAAAAGAUCCAGUUGGACCUGCAGAGAACCCAUGAAGAUGAGUCUGUCAACAAACUGCAUCCCUUGUACUCAAGAGGAGUUUUAUCACCAGGUCGCCAUGUUCGGACACGACUCUACUUCACCAGUGAGAGCCAUGUGCACUCUCUGCUCAGUAUCUUCCGCUAUGGAGGGCUUCUGGAUGAGAACAAAGACCAGCAGUGGAAGAGAGCCAUGGACUAUUUGAGUGCUAUCUCAGAGCUGAACUACAUGACCCAGAUUGUUAUCAUGCUCUACGAGGACAACAACAAGGACCCAUCUUCAGAAGAGCGUUUUCAUGUGGAGCUGCAUUUCAGCCCUGGUGUGAAAGGUUGUGAGGAAGACGGAAAUGUCCCCACAGGGUUUGGUUUUCGGCCUGCGUCAGCAGAGAAUGAGGACAAGAAAGCUGACCAAGGUAGCCUGGAAGACCUCUCCAAGCAGAAGGGCACUGAUGAACCAGAUCAGGCACAACAGAGGUUUCCACAGUCCUCCGAGCAAGUCAGCAUUCAGCGGAGAUCACCACUGAUCAGGAACCGGAAAACAGGGUCCAUGGAGGUACUUUCAGAGUCAUCUUCCAAAUCAGGAGGUUAUCGCCUCUUCAGCACCUACUCUAGGCAGUCCUCUGAGAUGAAGCAAAGUGGCUUAGGGUCACAAUGCACCGGGCUGUUUAGCACCACUGUGCUAGGAGGCUCCUCCAGUGCCCCCAACCUCCAGGACUAUGCACGCAGCCAUGGCAAAAAGUUUGCCAGCAGCCUGACGUACAAAGACGAGCUCUUGUCUAUGCCAGCCGUAAAACGAUUUUCUGUGUCGUUUGCAAAGCAUCCGACUAAUGAUGCAUUUGAGCACCACCACGUUGCCCAGUUGCUGCGCCGUUUUUCCUCUGACUAUGCCACGAGCCGGAACAUCUCCCUGGAUGCCACUCUAGCCCAUCAUCUCCAGCAGUGCUCCUACCACCUACGCCUCUUCAGGAGCUGGCUGAUCUCAGGGCAGGAUGACUUGGAGUGUCUUUACGGUUUUGAAGGCUGUUCCAUGGUUCCUACCAUUUAUCCCCUGGAGACCCUGCACAACUCCCUCUCUUUGAGACAGGUCAAUGAGUUCCUGACGGCUGUGUGCAGGAGUUGCAGCGAAUCACAUGUCCGGUCUACCGCAGCUUUGUUUGAUUCAAUGAUUGGCAGCCAGAUACCAGGAGACCCCUUUAUGUCUCAGCGAAUCUUGUCAUCAUCCUCUUUCCCAUUGCGCCAGCGUUCGGAUAAACCCCCUUGGUAUAGCAGUGGUCCCUCCAGCACUGUCUCCAGUGCAGGCCCAUCCUCUCCAACGUCUGUGGACAGCUGCACUCGUUUCAGCUUCACUGAGAAACUUUCCAUCAGCCCCCCAAAAAGUGAGGAGCAACUGAAUAGCCUAUCACCUGAGCAAGGGGAGACACAGCCAUCAGAUGGAGCGCUUAACUUGAAGAUAGGGAGGUCUGAGUUGUCCAUGGAUCAGCCUAGAGGAGAGCCGAGUGCCCUAGAGACUGUGAUCUGGAAUAAGGACCCGGAGUCAGGUAGGGUCCUGGAGCUGAGCAAGAUGGAGCUGGACAGUGAGAACUCUCUCCCAAAGGAGAAGCGCAUUAUGGAACUGGAUGAAGAAGAAUCAGCUGGGGAAAUGUUAGAUCUAGAUGACACAGGGCAGUCAAAGUGUGGUGCAGGGUCUGACAUAAGGGUGGCUGAGGAGAGAGUGAAGCCAAGUGAGGAGUGUUUACAGGGAAUGGCUGGCCUGGAUCAGUCAGGGCUGCCUGAGGAGAUUUUGAUGCUCUGUGAGGAAGGGCUGCUGGGAGAGGUGUCAGAGCCAGAGCGUAUGGGCAAGGAGUCAUUGGGGGACAGUGCUCUGUCAGGCCAACUUUUAUCUGGUCACCUGUGCCAGGACGAGCCACUGCCUCCUGAGACAAGCGUGGAGGAGCUGCAGCCACUGUGCCAGGAGGAUCAGCAGAACUAGUGGCUCACUGGACAGUACACUGCAAGCACUUCUAGCCUGGAACCAGCCCAACUUCCUGCACAGCACUUCAUGCAACUGGCUGUCCACAGCACAGAACAAGCCAUGUCCUGAGGCCACAGGACUCUGAGGUGCUGAAGAGUCUGCUCCACUCCUAUGCAAGCAAGCUCUGCUGUCUAACAAGUGACAACACGUAUCUGCCAUGUUAAACCAACAAUAUGUGCAGUCUUAGUACUGGCAUAACACCUCUAUGGAGCAGUGAUAUGGAGCUGCAUUAGUGCAGGGUGUUAACAGUUGUGUGCUUAUUAACACAAUGUUAGGGGACUGGUAGGGGCAGUGCUUUUGGAGUGGUGAGGCAAAAGGAGAUAAUUGCUCCCUGGAAAUAUCUUGUCCCAUAGUCUUCUGAACCUGGCCCAAAGUAACUGGAUUUCAUCACAACCACCAACUUCCUCUCUGCUGCUUCCUCCUUUUCUUCACCAAAAACAGGUCUGGGGAGUCCUUGGCAGGAAGAAUAGGAGAAGCAGAAGGCAAUCUAAAAGGAUGUGAGAAAGAGAGUAAUGUAGUGAUCAGGUUCAAGACUGCCACUUGCAAGAAAACCUCUCUUUGGAGUGAACUUGCAUAUUUUCCAACUGGGCUGGGGCAGGCAGGCAGGAGCUUGGGGAUCCAGUCUGAGUUGUACAGGGAAGACACACACGGGUUUUUCUAGUCCCCAGAGGUCAGGCUGGGUAAAGCUCUGAACUCUUUGGUGACAGAAAUUAAGAGAAACUGCUAUUUGAGCAAAUCAGGAUUAUUAGAAACCAAUAAGGAGAAAUCUUUAUUGUAUAUAAACUGAAAAAUAUUUAAUGCAUAUUUAUGUAAAUUACUUGUGAGCACAAGCCUGAAGGCAAUACUGGCACAGGUGUCCCUGCCACAUCCUGAGUAUAAUCUGGGGCUGUGCCUUCUGUAUUUAUGGACAAGUCUGUGUGUUUGUCUGUAGCUAGGAUCUAUGUUUCUUUGAAGCUGUGCCCAAAGAUCUCUGCACUGUGUUGUGGUAUGUGUUCACAGUAAACCUAUGCUGUGGG